AUGUCUGUGUGCCUGCCCCAGCUCUACCACUGCAAUGGGGUCCAGGACUGUGCUAAUGGAGCUGACGAGGAGAACUGUGUGCUGGACGUGUUCCCAGAGGUAUGCUUCUGUGAGGCCGGGAGAGUUAACUGUAACAAAAAGGGACUACUCAGCGUCCCAGCUGUGUCUUCCAAUAUAACAGCUCUUGAGCUGAACAGCAACCAGAUAACAGCUCUCCAACCAGACCAGUUCAUCCGCUACAGACACCUUGAGAGACUACACCUGGAAGACAACAGGAUCAAAAGAAUCUCCAAGCAGGCAUUCUCAGGACUCUACUCACUAAGAAGACUAUUUCUCAGUCAGAAUCGGAUUACAUCGUUGAAGGCUGGCAUUUUUGGAGACCUCUCGAACCUGGAGUGGCUGAUUCUUGACGAAAAUAGAAUCACAUCUAUGAGACAGAAAUCGUUUGAGGGCCUGAAAUCUUUAUUUUUCCUGUCUUUGCUGAAUAAUUCCCUAGAAUCCAUCCCUAAGAAAUCGGUCUGCCUGGAAAUGCCGAGAUUAAACUGGCUAGAACUGGAGGGGAACAGGAUAUCAUCUUUGUGGGUUUCCAGCUUUCAAAACUGCACCACUCUGACAGUAUUGGCUCUUCGAAAAAACAGAGUACAAACCAUUGAGGAGGGAAUAUUUUUUGGAAUGCCAAACCUGAUAGACCUGGACAUAUCUGUAAACAAAUUUGAGGAGUUCUCCUCAACUAUGUUUAGAAAUCUUCUAAACCUAAAACAGUUGAACAUCUCAAAUAACCCUCUAACUCAUAUUUAUGAGGAUCAGUUUGACAUGUUUGUCAAUUUGCAAUCCCUGAGUAUAGAGGAGAUUGAAAUACCAAACAUCAGUAUUCAGAUGUUUCGCUCUCUUAGCAACUUGUCCCAUAUUUAUUUUAAGAAAUUUGAAUACUGUGGCUACUCUCCUAGCGUGCGAAGUUGCAAGCCAAACACUGACGGAAUUUCAACAUUUGAGAAUCUUCUUGCGAACAUCAUCCUUCGUGUUUUUGUGUGGGUGGUGGCCUUCAUCAUCUGCUUCGGCAACAUCUUUGUGAUUUGCCUGAGGUCUUGCAUUGCAUCUGAAAACCAGCACCACACCAUGGCCAUCAUAUCACUGUGUUGUGCUGACUGCCUCAUGGGAGUCUACCUGUUCUUCAUCGGUGCAUUUGACAUCAAGUACUGUGGAGAGUACAACAGACAUGCCCAGCUGUGGAUGGAGAGCCUGCAGUGCCAGUUGAUUGGCUGCCUGGCCAUGCUGUCCACUGAGGUGUCAGUCAUGCUUCUGACAUACAUGACUCUGGAGAAGUACCUGUGCAUUGUGUUCCCCUUCCACAACUACAGAGCCGGACGUAAACAGACGCUCUGCUAUCUCAUCCUCAUCUGGGUCCUGGGCUUCAUUAUUGCUGUCAUUCCCUUAUGGGACAAGCAGACAUUCGGGAAUUACUAUGGCAGGAAUGGAGUGUGUUUUCCACUUCACUCAGACGACAUGGAGAAACCAGGGGCCCGAUGCUACUCCACUGGAAUAUUCCUGGGAUUGAAUCUCUUUGCAUUCAUCAUGAUCGUCUUCUCCUACACCAGCAUGUUUUACUCUGUACAGAAAACAGCCAAGACAGCAAGACAGUCUGUCUACAACAAGGAAGUCUCUAUAGCCAAGAGGUUUUUCUUCAUCGUUUUCACAGAUGCCAUGUGUUGGACACCUAUAUUCAUCCUAAAGAUCCUCUCCCUUUUACGAGUGGAAAUAGCAGGAACGAUCAUUCUAUGGGUGGUGAUCUUCAUCCUGCCCAUCAAUAGUGCCCUAAACCCCAUUCUAUACACCAUCACUGCCAGCUCCUUCCAGGAGAAACUCAAGCUCUGCUUGAAGGCCAAGUGCAAACAGGCUGGGCUCAGGGAAACAUCCCAAAAAGUAUCUGAAGUCUACCAGAACCCCAGCGCUCCCCCUUAAUAAAAGGACCCUCUCAGUCAGGGCGCUUGCCAACCGUCCUCUUGGAGAGCUACUGCCUGGGUAUGCAGGCUUUUGUUCCAGCUCUUCUGGAAAACACUAAAUUUAAACAUCAAGAUCUGGCUAAGCUUCUGAUUAGUAGGAUCAGUGUGCUUGAGCAGGGCUUGAGCAAAGCCUGCAUACUGAGUGGCUCUCCAGGAGGAGGGUUGGCUACCCAUGUCCUUAUUUUAUAGGGGGAGAGAUGUAUUCUUGUCAUUAUUCUUUACCAGCAAGAGAACACGCUUUCUGGGAACCAAUUUAUUAACAAAUGUUUUGUGUGAAUACAGUUAUUGUAAACACAGAUGUGCAGAAUCACAAAUUAUUUUGCAUACCCAAUUGAUAUUACACAAAUUGUAUUGUAUAAAUGUAUAAUUUAAAAAAACAGAAAAAAUAUAUGGAAUUGAAAAGGUGUAAAUGAGUGAGAUGUUUUGGGUUUUAGGGUGUGACAUUUGCUUGGGUUUGAUAAAUUAGACAUUCAGAUGCAAUGUUACUACUUGCCUCUGAAGCUCAACUGUGACAAUUGGAAACAAAUGAUGAUGGUGAAGAAGGUCCGGGGGGAUUUUGGGAGAAAAAUGACAUAUUUCACAAACCCAGAACUCAAAAUAACAUUCAUUCGUUUUUCAAUAUUUGUUUAUUGAUUUUCUACUCUAUUUUACAGUCAGAGUUGUAUAAUACAAAUAGGUAGUAAAGGAAGAGUAAAUAGUAAUAGAUGAGACAAAUAAGAUGAACACAUUGUUGUGGGCUAAAAUGCAAGUUAUUUACAACUGCUUCAUUGAGUACAAUACAAUGGCCUGUUAUGUUACAAAAAGUAUUCACUCAAAACUACCCUGUAGUUCACAGAUAUGUAAUACUUGUGUUUAUGGCUAUUACUUCCCCACAAUUGUUUAAAUUAUGUUCAUUGCAUUAGUUAUUCAGUGGGAGUAAUCCCAUUUAGGUGUACGGGCUAUUAAUGUUUGUAUGUUAAAGCAUAUGGCAUUAUAAAAACACUGAAAAACGUUACAUGCAUUCAGUCAUUGCACUUCCACCCAUUGCAUAACUCAGAUUAAAAUGAGAUCUAAUUAAAAACCAUUCCUGUAUAUAAUGCCCAACAGAAUAAUAGAUCAAUGGUUCGAUUCUGUACAGACAGAGGUAGUCACAUUCCUGUGACUCAUACGAAGACUCAUUCAUACAGACAUAAAUAAAACACGGAUUACUGAGACACAAUGAAAUACAAUAAUACUGCAGACACACACAUUAAGUAAGCAAUCUACACAAACGCUGUCUAAAGCUCAGGUUGUCCGUCUACUUUUGAGUGUGUCAUAAUCCUUGUCCCUUCUCAUCGUGAUCGCAAAUUCUGACACAAGCAAUUACUCAUGAAUAAAUCUUAAACGGACAUCAAAGCGUGAAUUAUGCACAUGUUUGCGCCCCAUGCUUAUAUCUUAUAGUUUGGGGCUUGGUGGACAGAUAUUUGCCUAUUUCACAAAUGGCUCUGUUCCCAUUUCUAAACUUCUGAAGAUCUGAGGAAGAAGAAUGAUCCCUAUAGCUCAGCAGCUAAGCAAUAGCUAAAUUAGAGUGAGAGGAGGUUAACCAGUUAGUCUUUUAAAGAGAAGAGUAAAAAUAAGAGACAAAACAGGAAGUCCAGAGUAGAGUCCCCUCUUAUGAUAAACACUUGAGUAAAAUAAAAAGUUACUGAAAAUGUAGGGCUGAAGCAAGGCCUGAAAAUGCACAGUGUUUUAAGACACACUA